AUGGAACAAGCCCUCGACUAUUCUCCGUCGUCACGACCCGGACCUCUCGUCACCCUGCCCGAGCGAAAUCUCGGCUCCUCAACCUCGGCCAUCACGCCUCCCUCGACCGUCCAGCGCCCGGCCUGGACGACGUCGCCUCUCGCGCCCGCCAUGGACAUGUUCAGCUUCACCACCGCAGCUCCGGUGUCCGCCGUUCCCUCAUAUGCGCCCGCUGCCGGCGGCAGCAACAGUAAUAGCGGCGGCAACAGCGGCGGCUUGGGCGACAUGAACUUUUCUCAGAUGCCGCAGUACUCCGGCCGCAACCCCUUACAAUCCAUCAUCUCCCAGAGCAAAGAGGGCCCCGAUGCCAAGCGGAUAAAGGUCGAGUCGCCGCACUCGGCGCUGGACUCGAUCGAUUCAUGGCUCCAAUUCGAUGAAGAGGCGGAGAAAUUUGGCAGCUUUGAGAUUGACUUUUCCAAGCAGUACAACACGGCCAACCAGGCAAGAGCUUCCACAAACAUGACGCCGGGACUGGGCAGCGGUCUCUACGCCAAUCCCACCGCCCCCUUCAGGGAAGAAGACUUCCUCGAUGAUAGCGCCUUUGAUCAUUCCCUGUCCGAGGACGACGAAAUGUUUGACAACAUCAACAUCAAUGACCAGCUGUCCAAGCUUGGCACGCUGCCUUCGACCGAAGCCCAGUCAUCCAGGAGCCUCUUUUCCACGCCGUCGCUGGGUUGGGAGAAGCCUCAGCAACAAGGCAUCCAGCCCAGCGCCGUCAUGGCCGAUGAGAUUCCGAGGCGCAUGACCAACGACUCGUGGGACCCGAUCCCGCAAGGCACCAACUACACACUUACGCCGGACGAGCGCCGCCGGCUGCUCGAAAUCGCCAUGGGCCCUGGCAGGUUGGCCACCUACGUGAACCCCAACCGAUUCAACCUGGGCUUCGGAUCUUCGAUGCAGCCCAGCAUAAGCCAGGAGUUUGGCUUCGGCUUCGGCGGCCCGAAACAGGGGCUGAGCAACAUGGGCAUGUUCCAGAGGAACAACUCGGCCGAUACGAGCGCAUCAGGCCUCUCGCAGAAUCGGGAUCUGAAGCACAAGCAGCCCAAGGUCGAGACGCCGCCCAAGAUGGUGCCCACGAAGCGGCCGAGCACGCUCUCGGACACGAGCAGCAUCGGCAAAGAAAAGGUCAAAUCCGCCGACCGCAUCGCGCACAACGACGUUGAGCGAAAGUAUCGAACCAAUCUCAAGGACAAGAUUACUGAGCUGCGGAAUGCGGUGCCGGCGCUGCAGCAGGUGGCUGAAGGAGAGCAGGACGCUGCGCAGGGCAUUGCCAAAGUGAGCAAGGUGACGACUGAAUACAUCCAUCAACUCGAGCAACGCAACAAGGACAUUAUGACGGAGCAUAAGCAGCUUAUGCGACGACUUCAAGCAUUCGAAGCACUCCUCAACAACUCCAUGAGAGUCGACAUCAUGCCCAGCCAUAGCAUGACGCUCUUUGACCCGAGAGGAUUCUGUUGA